AUGGUAAGCAGAAACAAUACUCGAAGGAUUGCCGAGUUUCAAGACGAGCUAUACGGCGCGGGAAGUAUUAUCGGGAAUUUCCGACGAACUUCCUCACUGCGGCUGCGCGGUGAGAAAAUGGUGCAGCGCUCGCCUUUAUUAGCUAGAAAAUACAUUCCUGUAAUCACGGAAACCGGAACACAAAAACGUAGCGAUGGCACCCGGUUACCAGAACCGAGCCAUCGCCCUCGAAGCCAAUCGUUUAAUGCAAGUACGCAUAUCAGACCGAAGAAGUCCUGUUUAAAAAUACAUGAUUGCCUAGACAGAAAAUUGAGUAUGACGGAUUCGGCACACACGCCGCCCGGCUCACCUGAGGACUUGCCUGAUGAUGAUUCCCUGAAUAGUUACGGCAGUGCCGCGACGGCGGCUUCGAUAGAUGCCGGUUAUGCCCCUUUCAACGGGACAACGUUUAGUGGCAGGUCCAUGCGCUACGUGUUGCACUGUUCCUCGCACGCUGGCCUUGCAGGAGAGGAAUAUCUGACGCCAACACAACGCGCACAGAAGCAAAUACGUCGUCUUAAGAGUCUUUUGAGCCAGGCUAAGAAGGACUUAGAAAAGAAGGACAGUGAAAUUUUCCAACUCACAAAAGAGGUUGUUGAACUACGUCUCUAUAAGGCCUCUGUGUUUUCCCCAGAUGAAAAAUCUAACUCAAGUGAAAUAGUGACAAUCAGGGAGAACAAUGAUGAAUCAAUUGAGGAGCACAGUGUCAAAUUUAAAGAUGUCUGCAGAUCCUACGAUGUCACAGACAGUCCGUUUAAAGAUCACAGCACACCAACUAGAUGUAGAAAUGAAAUGCAGGGAUCCUUUACAGAUUCUGGACACUUUGACGACUUGACAAAUUCCUCUUUGCAUUCAAAAGAGUCUGUUCACAUGUUGACGCAUGAUGCAUCAUGUAUGACAGAGAGCUUGGACAGUGAUGAAGAGAGACGUAGCCUAAUAUCAUUUUAUGAGAAGAAAGUUGAGGAUGUGAUGAGAGCACAUGUUGGUGAGACGCAGGAAAUGAAAAAAGCACACAAUGACAAAGUGGAGGCACUAUUGCAGAAGUUGGCGGAUGUCAACACUAGAUACUGCGAGUUACUACCAAAUUAUGAACAGGCUAAAGAGAGGAUCCAUCUCUUGGAAAAGCAGUUGGAGGAAGCCAGUCGACAGCUUCAAGAUGAGGAUAAUCGCCAGCGAGCUAUGUAUCUACAGAUGUAUAAUAAGGGGAUGGAGGCAGCUAAAUUUGAAUUAGAUAAGGAAGCCGAAGGUGAAGGAUCUCAGAGUCAGCUAAGCCGAGUUUCGGUUGAAGAGCUCCUAGACCAGCUACAAAUAACACAGACUGAGCUUGAAAACGUCCGAGAUACAGCAUUCGCAACGGACAGAACAGCGUCACAAGUACUUCUUAGUGCAAAGGAGGCUGUUUCUUUAUGGGUCCUAGGAGCGAGAAAGGCAAUGUACCGUCGUAUCGUUGAGUCACAGAAAGGGAGCAAGACCAAUGUUGACCCAGAAGUUACGCUACAGUUCCUCAAAUCGGCUAUCUACUACUUCCUCACUGAUCCUGAAAACCACCAAGGCCACCUGAACGCUAUUGAGAACAUACUAGGGUUCACUGAAGCCGAAAAGAAAAACAUUCGCAAGGCUAGAUUGAUAUAG